AAACGCGUCUGCUCGCAGCUUCCACUCUGCAGUUUGCAGGCUGCACUACAGUUGAUAGCUGUGGACCUCAGUUUGUGGAUGAGGAAAGAGGGUCCACGCGAACAGAAUCUGUCCGGAAAACCAAUCAAUAAAAGGACUUAAAGUUAAAUUGAUGUUUCAUCUUGGAGUACUUCCCUCAACAUGAGGGUCGGUCACUAAUUUUGGAUAUUGAACACUGGCUGCCUGUUGCUAAAAGUUCAAUAUCCAUUUCCCCGAGUUUUCGGCGAGCAGAACUGGGCGCAAUUACGCACGGCAAGUACCAUGGCACCGAUUUUGGAUCGACGUGCUCCGGCUCUGCUCUUGGUUUGGAGCUACUGCGUCCUGGCGGAUACCGCCUUUACGAACUUUACUUUGGACAACGAGUUCCACUCCAGUUUCAUCCACCGUCGGCUGAAGAGCCAGGAGCGCAGAGAGAUGCAGCGGGAGAUCCUGUCGAUCCUGGGGCUGCCGCACCGGCCGCGACCCCACCUCCACGGAAAGCACAACGCUGCCCCGAUGUUUAUGUUGGACCUGUACAACGCCAUGUCCACAGAGGGGGACGAGGACAGAUACUCCUACCCUUACAAGCCUGUCUUCACCACCCAGGGGCCCCCGAUAGCCAGCCUGCAAGACAACAACUUCUUGAACGAUGCAGACAUGGUCAUGAGCUUUGUCAAUUUAGUGGAGCACGACAAGGAGUUCCUGCCAGUGCGUCGGCAUCAUAGAGAGUUCAGAUUCGACUUAUCACGGAUCCCAGAGGGUGAGGCGGUCACUGCUGCUGAGUUUCGUAUAUAUAAAGACUUCAUCCACGAACGUUAUGACAAUGAGACCUUCCGCAUCAGCGUCUACCAGGUGUUGGAGGAACACUCUGAUAGGGAGUCGGAUCUGUUCCUGCUGGACUCUCGGGUGAUCUGGGCAGCAGAGGAGGGCUGGUUGGUGUUUGAUGUGACAGCCACCAGUAACCACUGGGUCCUGAACCCUGGCAGGAACCUGGGGCUACAGCUGGCCCUGGAAAGCACCAAUGGAGAGAGUAUCAAUCCUCGUGUGGCUGGCCUGAUUGGUCGCAGUGGGCCUCAGAAUAAACAGCCCUUCAUGGUGGCCUUCUUCAAAGCCACUGAGGUGCACCUGCGAAGCAUCCGCUCAGCACCGGCGGGGACCAAACAGCGUAACCCCAACCGCUCCAAAGGGGCAAAGAGCCAAGAGGCACUCAGAGUGGCCAAUGUUGCAGAAAACAGCAGUACUGAUCAGAAACAGGCCUGUAAGAAGCACGAGCUCUACGUCAGUUUCAGAGACUUGGGGUGGCAGGACUGGAUCAUCGCUCCAGAGGGCUACGCAGCGUACUAUUGCGAAGGAGAGUGUGCCUUCCCACUGAACUCCUACAUGAAUGCCACAAACCAUGCCAUUGUGCAAACCCUCGUUCACUUCAUUAACCCAGAGACAGUUCCGAAGCCUUGUUGUGCGCCCACGCAGCUUCAUGCCAUCUCAGUGCUCUACUUUGAUGACAGCUCCAACGUCAUCCUCAAGAAAUACCGCAACAUGGUGGUCAGAGCUUGUGGCUGCCACUAGACUCUAUCUAGCAUCUUAACAUAGACACACACACACAAACACACACACACACACACAUACACACACACACACACACACGCACACGCACACACAAAUGCACACAGCCCAUGAGUAGCGAGGGCUUCCCCUUGCUGUCACUUGACGCGAUGAGAAUGGAUCAGAAAACAAAGUACGUGCACAUGCAUUUGAUGAACGUUCUGAAAGUUCAACAUGGUUUCCUGUGUCUCAUUUUCAAGGUUGCCCUGAAGUAAACAUGUUGUUGUGUGGGUGAAAAAGAAUUUCAAUCAAUUUUAGAUUCUUACCACAAGUACGCACGCACGCGUACGCACGCACGCACGCGCGCGCGCACACACACAUGCACAAACAAACACAAACACGCACACACACACUCACGUUUGUGCUUUCUACUGUGUAUACAAGACAUUUAAAGCAGUGAUUGUACUGUAUAUUCAUUCACAGUCAACAAUCUUUUGUUUAUUUCAAUAAUUGUUAUUGUAGUUCAUUCUUUUACUGUAGAUUUUAUUAUAUAUAUAUUUUUAUGACUGAGAGACCCAGAUGGAAGUUCUGAAUUUCUUCUAUGUACAAUACUGUGUAAAUAAUUUUUUUCAAACAAAGCAAGAAGUGUAUUUAUUUCCUGGAAUGUCACUCAAUGUUUUUUUUUGUUUUUUUUUUCUCCUGUAUGUAAUGCUGCCUGUUUUCUUUCACAUGAUAGUACACACACAAACUCUGAGGAAAUGAAAACACACUUGACAGAAAACUACUUUGACAUGGGCGUUGAGGUCAAACUCGACGCGCCUCUCUCUGCCUCACGUGUACAUGUACGCUACACACAGACGACGGGAGGCAAUUUAUGACAACUUGGACCUAUGGAAAUGUCUUCAUAUUUCAUCAGUCGAAGCUGUUACAUAAACCUGACGAACAUUUUUAUAACAACAAUCACCUGAACUGUCAGAGAGAGAGAGAGAGAGAGAGGAGGGAAGUUUAUACAAAGCAUCUUGCUCUGUGUGCAAAACAUUUUCAGGUUUAUAUUCCUCUGCUGUAAUACAAUCUGUCAUAUUUAAUAGGUCUAUUUAUUGAGAGCUGCCUAAGCUGUUUCUACAUUGUGCUCCGAUGUUUCAACCAUGUUUUACUGCUGAACUGGUACAACAAUAAACUGGGAGAAAGCAAUAAAACCACCCCAAGGUGUGUUGUUUCA